GUAACCAUUACCUGGUGGUUGUGGACCGCUACUCAAACUGGCCAAUCGUAGACCAGUCAGCCGUUGGAGCUCAAGGACUGAAAACUUGUCUCAGACGCAUCUUUGUCACAUACCGGAUACCUGACGAACUUGCAUCUGACGGGGGACCAGAGCUCACAGCUACGACUACAAGGCAGUUCCUCAGAGACUGGGGUGUGCAUCAUAGAUUAUCCUCAGUAGCCUUCCCUCACAGUAACUGCAGAGCAGAGAUUGGAGUCAAGACAGUCAAGCGCCUUCUAAUGGACAAUACUAGCUCUUCUGGUGACGUUGACACAGACGCUUUCAAGCGUGCUAUGCUACAAUACAGAAAUACACCAGACAGAGACACGAAGCUCUCACCAGCCAUAUGCAUAUUUGGUUGA